GGGCUUGGUGAAAUGAGGCAGAGCCCCGGCGGUGGGAGGGGAGGGGGCCCGUAGCCGCCACCUGGGAGCUGGCGGGUGGCCAGUGGUGAUGAAAACCCAGGGGAAUGGAAACAGCAGAGAAGCUGUUGUAAUCGCUACGCCCACUGGCUGCCCUAUAAAGGAAGCGGGCGAGCCCCAGCGCAGCACGCACCUUGGCGCCUCUCUUCCUCCCAAGCCCUCCAGCUCCACAUCCGCUGCCCGCUGCCACCAUGACCACCACCAUCCGCCAGUUCACCUCCUCCAGCUCCAUCAAGGGCUCCUCCGGCCUCGGGGGCGGUUCAUCCCGCACCUCCUGCCGACUGUCUGGCAGCCUGGGUGCCGGCUCCUGCAGGCUGGGGUCAGCUAGUGGCCUGGCCAGUGCCCUCGGGAGCAAUAGCUACUCCAGCUGCUACAGCUUUGGUACUGGCAGCGGCUAUGGAGGCAGCUUCGGGGGUGUUGAUGGGCUUCUGGCCGGAGGCGAGAAGGCCACCAUGCAGAACCUCAACGACCGCCUGGCCUCCUACCUGGACAAGGUGCGUGCCCUGGAGGAGGCCAACACGGAGCUGGAGGUGAAGAUCCGAGACUGGUACCAGAAGCAGGCCCCAGGGCCGGCCCGUGACUACAGCUCCUACUACCACACCAUCGAGGAUCUGAAGAACAAGAUCCUUGUGGCCACUGUGGAUAAUGCCAGCAUCCUGCUUCAGAUUGACAAUGCCCGGCUGGCAGCUGAUGACUUCCGCACCAAGUUUGAGACGGAGCAGGCCCUGCGCAUGAGCGUGGAGGCUGACAUCAAUGGCCUGCGCCGUGUGCUGGAUGAGCUGACCCUGGCCAGAGCAGACUUGGAGAUGCAGAUCGAGAAUCUCAAGGAGGAGCUGGCCUACCUGAAGAAGAACCACGAGGAGGAGAUGAACUCUCUGAGAGGCCAGGUUGGCGGUGAAAUCAAUGUGGAGAUGGAUGCAGCUCCUGGUGUGGACCUGAGCCGCAUCCUGUCAGAGAUGCGUGAUCAGUACGAGAAGAUGGCGGAGAAGAACCGGAAGGAUGCGGAAGACUGGUUCUUCAGCAAGACCGAGGAGCUGAACCGCGAGGUGGCCACCAACAGCGAGCUGGUGCAGAGUGGCAAGAGCGAGAUCUCUGAGCUCCGACGCACCAUGCAGGCCCUGGAGAUUGAGCUGCAGUCCCAGCUCAGCAUGAAAGCAUCCCUGGAGGGCAGCCUGGCCGAGACAGAGAACCGCUACUGCGUGCAGCUGUCUCAGAUCCAGGGGCUGAUCGGCAGCGUGGAGGAGCAGCUGGCUCAGCUGCGCUGUGAGAUGGAGCAGCAGAACCAGGAGUACAAGAUCCUGCUGGACGUGAAGACCCGGCUGGAGCAGGAGAUUGCCACCUACCGUCGCCUGCUGGAGGGAGAGGACGCCCACCUGUCGUACAAGCCAAAAGAACCCGUGACCACCCGCCAGGUGCGCACCAUUGUGGAAGAGGUCCAGGAUGGCAAGGUCAUCUCAUCCCGGGAGCAGGUCCACCAGACCACCCGCUAAGGACUCUCAGCUCCUUCUGGCCAGCUCCUUUGAGGCUAGCCAGAGAGAGGCAGCAUCCCUCUCUGCUUGGUAGCCUGUAGCCUUCUCCAGCAUCAGUCUCCUGCUUCAGUCUCUUCUCGGCAUUCCCUUGCUUGGUGCCAUUAAAGCCUGUUGAUCUGG